AUGGCCUCUUCCGAAACGUUUCUUGAAUACAGCACAAGAGCUCGAACGUUGCAGAGCCUUUUCAAUUUUGAUGCCGACAAAACAUCAAAACUUGGUGAUCUUCAACUUGCUCAGUUUGUCGUUUACGGGUUAGCUGAUGCCAUACAAGAUCAAAUUAACAAGAGACAACUCCUAGAAGUGGCCCCAUUCAGCUACGGUCCUUUUGAGAAACAGGCCAACGCCUCUUUCCUUGCGUUACAACGGCCGACUCAAUUGCCAACGUUGUCCAAAUCAACUCCUAACGCGCCACCAGCCCUGGGCCGAGAAGAGUUCAUCUGGCGCGUACACGCAUAUCUAGAUUCACAAGGGCUUUGCCACUUCUGCAAAAGACACUGCGGCAACGCUUUGGGGACCUGUCCUGGACCAAUUGACCGAUCACACAUCGACAUCCCUAGCAAAUUCCAGACCCCACCUAAACCGCCUAAUUACAGCGCCCCCCGCGCCUGGAGCAAGGAAGCUUCCACCCCAGGCAAACCGACUCAUCCCCCUGCUGGACGCCCUACAGUGCGAGCGCCGACCGUGGCGGGUAUCUCAACGGAAUAUCCACUCGAAGCCCAAGUCUCAGCCCUGACACUCGAGGCAGCAAUCAGGGAAGACAAUCAAUUUGACAGCCAGUUUGACGACGAGGGCUAUUUUCCUAGCCUCGACACGGCAGCCGUAGCUGCAUUGGAAGAACUCGACAACCAAUUACUCUUGAAUGAAAUUGAGAAGGUGACACAAGCAGACUUGGCAGAUCACAUUGCAGGCCGUUGA